UGUUACAGGAAUGUUUUAAAUACCCUUGAAGAAGGAUCAAACGUCACGUCAGUUGUACUCUGGCCAUGUCUUCUCCAUCACUUACACGCCGCGCUUUGUUCCUGACCUUGGUGGCGCUGCAGUGGCGCCCGGCGCUCCUCCACGCCAUCCCCUGUCAGGACGUCCUGGACACGCUCAAGUCCGUCACCGCGCUGCUGGGCUUCGAGACCAAACUCCUGCUGCAGGAAUACAAACUGUUCCACGGUCUGACCAAGGUGACGCCCAGCAAGGUUCCCGACGCCAGCGUGGUGGGCGCCGACUUCCCGGAGCAGCUGCAAGACAUCUUCGCCAAGAGCGUGCAGUACAGCAGGCGCAUGGAGUACGUGGAGCAGUACCAGACCCAGGACUGGGGUAACCCGGAGUCCGUGGGCCAGGUUCUGCGCCGAGUCAAGUUUGGUCUUUACAGCCAAACCAACCUUUUGAGGGUUCUGGCCCGGCAAGUCCAGCCCGAGGUCCUCCUGGCCACGGAGGAGCCUCCCCCGCCCUCGGACAACCACGGCUACGCCAAGAAGAUGUACGGCUUGAGGGCCAUCGUGGGCCUGAGGGACUGGCUCACGAGAGUCCUUCAGACCCUACAGGAGGCCCGGCAGGUGUGCCAUGACCAGACCCUGACCACCCGGACCUACUGAAGGAUUAUAUUCUGGCUUUGCACUGAGGCUGACCACCAAGUCAGGAAGACUUCAGGCGGCUGACCUCCAAAUCCUGAUCCCCAAAAAAUGGUCGGGUCUGAAGUAGCUUUUAGUUUUAAAGUCUUUUAGUUUUCUAUUCAAACUGCACUUUUCACCGAAGACCAAAGUCCAGAUGGAAGGAGGAAGUCUGAGGCAGAUUUCUCCCGUUAAAAAGUACCAAACAAGUAGCGGUGUAGAGGUCAAGUUACACAGCUCACGCUUUUACUUUGAAAGUCCACUUCCUGUGGAGUGCUGCAGAGGCUCCCAGCUUGACAACGCUUCUUCCCACGUCAUCAAACGCACCACCGCCACUAACGAGAAGUCAAGCUAUUUUUGUACGGACAUUUUUUACUCAGGUUUUUAUUUAUUCGCGGUAUUUUUUUCUAGGGGUGUAAUUUUUUUAAAGUUUAUUUUUUCUACGAUGUUUUUAUUAAAAUGUGUACAAGCACCUUUUA